AUGAAAGAAAUAAGUCCAGAGAAAAUGUUUGAUAUUAUUUUAAUAACGGGUCCGCCAGGUGUGGGUAAAACAACAUUAUUGCGAAAGAUAUUUGAAGAAGUUCGGCUGAUUUACAGUUGUCAGGGGUUCUUAACUGAGGAAGUACGUAAUGAACAGACACAUGAACGUGUUGGUUUUGAUGUUGUGACCUUGUCUGGCCAGCGUGGCGUAUUAGCGAGGGCACUGUCCGAAAAUAGAAAACAGAUGCCGAAAGUGGGAAGGUAUUCUAUUCACAUUAAUGAUUUCGAAAAUCUUGUACUUCCCUUGAUUGCAUGUGGAAAUUUCAAAUACGAACUUAUGAUCAUUGAUGAAAUUGGAAAAAUGGAAUUGAAGAGCAAACAUUUUGAACGUGCUUUAUAUGAAUUAAUUCAUAAAAUUCCCAUUUUGGCUACUAUUCCAUGCGUACCUAUUAAACAAAGUCAACUUAUAGAAAAUUUAAAAAAGUCGCCUAAAUCCAAGAUAUACGAAAUAAAUAAAAAUAACCGUGAUGCAAUACAGAAGGAAAUUGUAAAAACUAUAAAUGCUAUGUUAAAGAAUUAGAUAAUAUUUAAUUUCUUUUAAAAUACA